AUGGUUUAGUGUAACAUUGUACUGUAUUUUGGAGUUAAUUUUUACUAUUUGGUUUGCCAAAGAUUGACAACUCAUACAGUGUGUCACUAACACAACUUGAGACAUGACACUCUUAUAUGAUUAAAUGCAGUCUUUAGUGAAAUGGGGUUAUGGGGAGCUGAGAAAUCAUUUAAUUGAUAAAGUCCUUGAACAAGAUUUGAGUGGAUAUAGAUACCUUCAUUUUUGCAUGAAUUCCAAUGGGAACAAAAAGGAAGAAAAACCCUACCACUGGACACUUCUUGUAUUUGACACUGAACUUGAUGAGUGGAGACAUUACAAUUCUUUAAGGCCAAGAGACAACAGAGAAGAUCCUUACCUUAAGGAUGCAAAAAAGAUUAUAACAUAUGUGGAUAGCAAGUUGGCCAACAAAACGAAGAGAGGUAGAAAAAAGUUUGCAAACUUGGUUUCGGUGAAAGAUAGUCCACAACAACGCCCAACAUCGUAAGUAUUUC